AUGGAGUGUCCUAAUUGCCGAGGGGUUGAAGACAGCCCGUGGCGGUUUGCUAUGGGAAAUGAGGAUAUUGAAUAUGAGGAUGAUGAUGAUGGGUACGAGGUUAACCAGAAUAAUAAUCAGCCUCAGCAGCAGCCACAGCCACACCCUCAUCAGCAGCAGCUACAUCCGCAUCCAGGGAUUAAUUGUCAUUGCUGGAAUAACUUCUUGGUGGAUUUCAGCCAAGUACGGCCACUUCACGUCAACCAAGGAAGGUUGGGUGGCAACAACAAUGUUGGUGGUUAUAACACAUAUCCUAACGCCAACCAACCUCCACAAGUUGGGUUUGCACCAAUUGUAAUAGGAUCGAGUACUCGGUCUUCGCUAGUAAUGGUGAGAACGGAGGUGGUGGCGCUAUUACCGGCACAACCAAUGCCGGUGGCAAUGCCUCCAACAUGGGUUGCGCCAGCUACACCAACAAUACAUGUUGGAAACCAUCCUAAUCAUAGAAAUUUCGCGAAUAAUCAAACUUAUCAAAGUGUUGAUGGAGCUAACCCUAGAUCUUUUGCAACCCACAGUUUAAUAAACAUGACAAUUCUUCUUUUUCUUGAUUCAAAUAGUGCUGCUCAUGAAGAGUCUAGUCUUGGGCAAGGAGGAAAUUUUCGUGGGGAGCAGCCAUUGGAAGAUGUUGUUCUAUUCGGCCAAAAUAUCACGAGGACACCACAAAGUGUGGAAAAUUCUUCAACCAGGACACAAGUCAGGCUAUUUGGACAUGAUUUAAACUCAUAA